AUGUCGCUCUCUACAUCCGAAGCUGCCUGUGUUUAUGCCGCUCUUAUUCUACACGACGAGGGUCUUGAGAUCACCGCCGACAAGCUCAGCACUCUGAUUGGAGCUGCUGGUCUCGAAGUUGAACCCAUCUGGCCCUCUAUCUUUGCCAAGGCUCUUGCUGGAAAGGACAUUGGCGCACUUUUGUUCAAUGUUGGUGCUGGUGCAGCCCCUGCAGUUGGCUCUGCCCCAGCAGCAGCUGGAGGUGCAGCACCCGCAGCUGCAGCCGCAGCUGAGGAGAAGAAGGAAGAGCCCAAGGAGGAAUCUGAUGAUGACAUGGGCUUUGGACUUUUUGAUUAA